GCUCGGGUACAGAGAAAGGAACAACACGGAGCGCACGAGUGAGACCGGAGCGAGACCCAAACCCACCCGGAGCGCCUCAUGGUCGGCCCCCCUGCACACACAUGAGCGCCUAGCGAGGGGACUGUGACGGCCGCGACUCGAGAGAGCGUCGUUUUCCUCAGACAGAGGCGCCCGGUGCUCCCGUGUCGCUCCCCUUCCCCGUGCUUUUGUCAACUCAUGCGCCUCAAACCUGCUGCUUCAUCACCUCGUUUUGUGCGAAAGGAGCGAGCCGAGCCAGCGGUGCGCAGAGAUCAGACCAGCCAGCAGUACAGGUGGACGCUGCUCUCGUGGCAUGACGACUCCAAACAAGGGAAACAAGGCCUUGAAGGUGAAGCGGGAGCCGGGGGAGAAUGGCACCACCCUGACGGACGACGAGCUGGUGACCAUGUCGGUGCGGGAACUGAACCAGCAUCUACGCGGCCUGACGAAGGAGGAGAUCCUCCAGCUGAAGCAGCGGCGCCGCACCCUGAAGAACCGGGGCUACGCCGCCAGCUGCCGGGUGAAGCGCGUCACCCAGAAGGAGGAGCUGGAGAAGCAGAAGGCCCAGCUGCAGCAGGAAGUGGACAAGCUGGCCACGGAGAACGCCAGCAUGAAGGUGGAGCUGGACGCUCUGCGCUCAAAGUACGAGGCCCUGCAGAGCUUCGCCAGGACUGUGGCCCGCAACCCCGUCACCUCAGCGAGGGGGCCCAUGGCCUCGGUCAUCGGCCCGCUCAUCCCCGGUAAAGUAGCCGCCACCAGCGUCAUCACCAUCGUCAAGUCCAAAACCGAAGCUAGGUCGUAGUAGCGGACAGAGCAGGAGGAAGAUGCUCUACGAUCCGAGCGGUCAGUGCAUCGUAACGCAGCAGAGGACCACGACAUCCACGGCACUGACAACAGUAAUAAUAACAUACUUAUUCAGAAGUUUGCAAAUCUGUACUAUUCUGAAGACAUUUCUGUUCUGACUGAGCUUUUUCAGUCAAAAAAAAAAAAGGAGAAAACACACGUAUCGAACUACCGAUGCCUUUCCGCUGGUUAUUAUGCACUGACUUUAAUUCGGAUCGAUGACUAAUGGUCACAAACACGUCUUCAAAACAAUCAGACAAACAGAAAACUACUGAAUUAGUCCAAUUUGUGAUUUUUGUUGGUCGCUUGUCACAAAUAUAAGCGUGGAGGGGAAAAAAAACAAAGCUCCCCAACACGCCGUUGGGUUCUGUUCAUGCAUCUGUGACGGGCUUUGGUGAACUUGUCAUAAUCAGUAUGACUGCUAGAUGCAAUAAUAUAUGUAUGCACUGAAAAUACAAAGAGGUCUUGCAUAGCUAUGGUGAAGGGGAAACGUUAGAAAAAGAAAGAAAAGGAAAAAAAAAACAACAACCGAUCAGCAGUUCUCGAUGUUAUUGUUCCAGAGCUGAGUGCCAUUCCAGUAUGACGAGAAACUCCGACAAUAUCUGAAACCUGAAUGUUAUUACAGUAAUAUCCUCGUGUUUUGUGGGGACAAUGUAAUCCACAAACAUUUUGAAACCUUUCUUUUUUUUUUUUUUUUUUUUGCUCAUAGAGAAAUUGUUUUCUUUUUCUUUAAAAGAUCUAUAUUGCAUUUUUUUGUAAUUAUUGUCGACAGGGCCGUCAGAUAUUUCCAAAAGAGAGUCUUUACACAAGCUUUACUGUUUGAACUGUUAAGGUGUAGAAAACUUUGUCUAAUGUUUAGUUCUUGGUUUUUCUUACUAGGUAGAUUACCUUCCAUUGUUUAUAGAAAUACAGAAAAAGAAAACUACAAAAAAAAAAAAAAAAAAAUCCUGUGACAUCUUUUUUGCAAUUGUACCGAAAGUGGCUUAUUAUUGAAGUCUGAUAGCUUUUUCUAGUGACUAGGCGCGUACUGUGGGGUAGCGCGUGACGUGACGUGUAAGUGACAAGUUGGCAGUGUCGUUCACUGUAUAGAUGUCAAUGCUGUGCUAUUUAAAACAAAUCUGUAGAGCUAAACUAGAUGGUGUGAACAAGGUCAAUUGUCUUUGUGCGUAUUGGCAUCUGUGAUAUCCUCCGCUUCCUUGGUGUUAGUUACAGAUCACAUCGUCAUUAAGAGUUUACCACAUCGGGCUGCGCAAAGGCAGAAUUCGGUGGAGGCGACGUCAGUGGACUUUGAUUCUGACGACCCUUGACACGGUCGCACCUGGUGCUGGAGAAAGAUUUCACGGGCGUGCUCCUUCCAGCCGCCAGGGGGCGGGAUUUCUCUCACGACGUUAACAAGCGGAAGGUCGUAUCGGUGACCUUGAAGGUCAUUAACCAGCAUCAGGUGUGCAAAUCGAGCCACCGGUCCUCAGGUUGAGAUUAAAAGCGGUAGGGUAUGGGCGAGGGUUCGUAUGCACUAAGCUCCUGCUUGUUUUGCUCAGGACAAAACAGCUCAUUUAAAAAAAAAAAAAAAAAAGAACAAUUUCUAGGUUGGGUAGAAAGCAGGCAAGGAUGGCAGCUCUGUUCUCUCUUUGUUUAAUUAUUAUUUUUCUAUAUGUAUAUUUAAUACGCAUGUCAUAAAGGGCUUCAAUCCACACUCGGAAAGACACCGCACGACCACGUAGAAUUACAAUCAACGACAGCUGCCAGCAGCGCUCCUCCUGUGCCAAGUGUUGCAUCACUCCCCCCCUCCUCCUCCUCCUCCUCCUCCCCGGUCGUCGGAGAGGAAUUUAACGGCGAAGCGGCCCCGCGCCUCAAGGUGAAAGCAGUUGUGUAAUGACAUUAACAGAGCGCGCUCCGUCUCGAUCCCCCCCCCCCCCGCCGCCCCGCCGGUCAGAGCGCCGGGCGAGGUGUUAAUCUUCAGUCAUGCCAGAGAUCCGGGCGCCGCCGCCGCCGCCGCCUGUAACUGUCCUAUCCUCACUCCGUCAACACGCUUAGCUAUCCGCAUUGACUGGUUAACUGUGGGAGAAAAAAAAAAAAAAAAAUCAAACAAACCCGUAUAUAUCCGACUCUUGACAUAGCCCAGUAUUGAUGUUGGCGUCCUUAUUGCUGUGGCAAGUCUUGUGGAGUGAAUCUUUUUCGUGUCAAGUGUCUUUAAGGUGUUCGAGUGGCACUGUCGACCAAUCUGUCCGUCUCCUCUGGAGAUGCCGACUCUCUCUCUCUCUCUCACACACACACACACACACACACACACACACACACACACACAUACAGGUGUAUAGUAUGUAGCUAAAGGUAGGUAUUAAUGACCAUUGUGAAAAAGUGACCCUUAAUAUGCAACUCAGUGGAAAGGUGUGAAAGAGUAGAUGUAAGAAUAAUCAAUAUUGUCAAAGUUACUAUGGUCUGUUAUUUAAGAGUUCUUCUUGAUGUUUUGUAGAUUUAUUUU